AUGUCGCAUGUAGAGCCAAGCAUUCCGCGCAUCGUCAGCCUUGGUGAGGAUGUAAUCCAGCAGAUCGCAGCUGGAGAAGUCAUACAGAGGCCAGUCAAUGCAAUCAAGGAGCUGUUGGACAACGCCCUUGACGCAGGAUCUUCGCAGAUCAACAUUGUUGUAAAAGAGGGAGGAAAGAAGAUGUUGAGCGUCCAAGACAAUGGCCACGGCAUCCAGAAAGAAGAUCUUCCACUUCUGUGCAAGCGACAUGCCACCUCGAAACUUCGAUCCUUUGAGGACCUUGACAAUCUAUCGACUCUAGGCUUCCGGGGGGAAGCACUGGCCUCCAUAUCAACAGUGGCACACCUCACCGUCAUCACAAAACCCCCCGCAGCUGUUGCUGGCCUCAAAAUCCCCUACAACAGGAACACGGCCUUGGAACCUCCUGGACCCUCACCAUGUGCUGCUCAGAAUGGCACCACCUUCAUUGUGGAUGACCUCUUCUACAGCAACGAGCAGCGCAGGAAGGCGCUAGGAAGUGCUGCUGAGGAGUAUGCGCGCAUACUGGACCUCCUUGGGCGUUAUGCUAUCAGCAGGCCUGAUGUUGGAUUCUCCUGCAAGAAACAGGGGGAGCGGCGUCCAGACUUGCACACAGUGGCAGGCACGUCAGCUCAGGACAUCAUCAGGGUUGUCUAUGGGGCAUCGGUUGCCCAGUCCCUUCUCCCAGUUCACUUGGAGGAGCCUGGUGAGAAAAUGGACACAUCAACUGCAGCAGCCACAUUCUCUUUCACUGCCUCGGGCUUUGUGUCGUGCACACACUACAGCGGUCGCAAGGGCAUCUUCAUUAUCAGGAUCAAUGGCCACAUUGUGCAGUGCAAAGCACUCGAGCACAGCCUGGAAGCCGCCUACUACUCUUACGCUCGCAACAAGCCUUUCGUCUACCUGGAUAUCAAGCUGCCAGGUGAUCAGGUGGAUGUGAAUGUCCACCCGACCAAGCAUGAGGUGGUCUUCCUUCACCAAGAAGAGAUCCUGACCUGCAUCAGUGAUGCACUGGAGAGCCUGCUUCAAGGACCAAUACAGUGUCAUUGCAUGCGGAGCAUUGCACACAGUGGGCCUGCAGCAGUGGCCGGGCCUGCUCCAGCGAGGAGGGCAACAGACAAGGGAAGCAUCAGAGUGACAGAGAUGGUCCGAACGGAUGCCCAGUCUCAGAAGCUGCAGAGCUUCUUUGAGACGGCCACACAAGCUGGCGCAGGCUCAAGUGCAGCAGCAGCAGUCGCGCUGAGUUCAGUACCGAGGAAGCGCAAAAUGAUGACGCAGCCUGCCCUAUUUGCCACACAGGAUGAAGACAUGCAGGAUUCAGAGCAGCAGCACAGGACAGCCUCGCAGUCAGGAGCGCUGCAGAGCUCUGUGUAUGUGGGCAUGGUGGACACCUCCCGGCUGCUGGUGCAACAUGACACUGAUCUUUUACUCCUAAACAUUGGGAACCUUGGGCAUGACCUUUUCUACCAGCUGGUUCUGCAGGGCUGGGGCAACCGGCAACAGUUGCAGAUUGGCAGCCCUGUCCGCAUAGCAGACCUGGCUCUUAUAGCUCUGCAGCUGCUGCAGCCAGGUCUGCAAGAGGGAGACAGAUGGCAGGCUGCUCUCAGAAUAGAGCGGCGUUUGGUGGCCCAAGCUGAGUUCCUGGCGCAAGGAGCAGCCGUGGACAUUGACAGAGACAGUGGCACCUUGAGGAGGCUGCCAGUCAUCUUGGAUGGCUGCAAGCCAGAUGUGAACCGCCUGCCGCUUCUUGUAUACAGAUUGGCAGAGUGCCCUAACUGGGACAAUGAAGAGCAAGCCAUCAGCUGGACUGCCCAGGUGCUUGACUCUUCUUCCUGUGACUUCACCAAAUGCCAAUAUUCCUUGAUCAAGCUAGUUAUCUUUCAGUUUACAUUGGGAAGUACUGUGAUGGUUCGUCAAUUUCAAGUGCUUGACAUCAUGGACUGCAGGCGGUAG